CAAUGCGCGAGUCUUUGUUUUGGCCCCGCAGUGUGUUUGUCACCUCGCUAAGAUAUUGAAACGUGGCUGAAAUGUUGUUAGUUAUAUAUGAUUGACGCGAAAUUUAUGCUCACGUUGGAUUAAUCAUAAACGAAAAGUGGAUUUUGAUGCGGAGAGAUACCAUAAGCGGUGUAUGGUGUGCGUUUCGUAUCGGGACAGUCUUGGCUAGCUCGCUAGCAAGCAAGCUAGCUGCAUAUUGUAAAAUAAGUGAUUAAAGGAGGAAUACAAUUCCGUUUCCAUGGACAACACGUCCAUAAUUACCCAAGUCGCUAAUCCAAAGGAGGAAGAAAUAAUUUCUUCAUGUCAAGAAAAAGUCUCGCAGUCCAACAGCAGCGUCAAGAAACACAGAGGCCGAAGUAUCUUUAGCCCUUUCUUCUGCUGUUUCCGGAACUACAAUGUGGAACCACCCGCCCCCAACAACAAGACCUGUGCCCUCCCUCCACCUGCUGAGGAGAACGGGAGCCUCCCCAAGUGUGACCAGAUCCAGGUCAUUCCUGUCCCCAGUUCUCCAGCCAAAUACCUCCUUCCAGAGGUCAGCAUCAGUGACUACGGCAAGAACUGUGUGGUCAUUGACCUGGACGAGACGCUGGUCCACAGCUCCUUUAAGCCCAUCAGCAAUGCAGAUUUCAUAGUCCCUGUGGAGAUUGAUGGAGCGGUGCAUCAGGUUUACGUGCUGAAAAGACCUCAUGUGGAUGAGUUCCUGCAGAAAAUGGGAGAGCUCUUUGAGUGUGUUCUUUUCACCGCGAGCUUAGCCAAGUACGCCGACCCGGUGGCCGACCUCCUGGACCAGUGGGGGGUGUUCCGAGCGCGGCUGUUCAGGGAAUCCUGCGUGUUCCACCGGGGAAACUACGUCAAAGACCUCAGCCGGCUGGGCCGAGAGCUCCGAAAAGUCAUCAUCGUGGAUAACUCGCCGGCCUCCUACAUCUUCCACCCCGAGAACGCCGUGCCUGUACAGUCGUGGUUUGACGACAUGACAGACACAGAGCUGCUGGAUUUGCUGCCUCUGUUUGAGGAUUUGAGUAAAGAGGAGGACGUUUACACCGCUCUUCAGAAUCUCAGAGCCAGGUAGCACUGAGUCCCGCCCACACACACACACACACACCUACUCGCCACAGCUCAGGCUGACUGUCUGUCCAGCUACGGCCAGCAGAGGGCGCCACUCGCUACCCCUGAAACUAGGCAAGAGCUGGUUCAUUACAACCUAUGGACAAAAUAAGAACAAGGAUCCUUGACUGGUGUCCACUGUCUAUGGACCUGAUGCCAAGAAAUGUCAUUGGCAUGGAGAUAUGUACAUACUAUAUGUUUGAUAAUUUUGACACUGAACGAGAAAUGAAAUAAACAUGACGUAAUUUUUUAAAAACUGAGAGAUAAGAGUUUACUAUCCUCUUGAGUACUAUAUAUUUACCAAAAAAAAACCCCACAAAUAAAUAAAUACAUAAGAAAAAAAAAAACCCAACAACAAGCUAUUUUCAGAAGGGUGUAAAGACUGUAUAAACUUCCAACUUUUUUUUGUUUGUUUGUUUCAGGCCUAUGCAGUCGAAUUUUUCUUUUUUUUUUUCUCUUAACGUCGAUAGUUCCAACGACUGUGAUUCUUUUAAUCUUACCAAACCAAGUGCCUUCUGAUCGUGGUUUUUACAAGAAAAUUAAUUACAUUUUGUAUGCUGCAUAUUUAAUGAAAGAAAGAGAGAAAGAAAGAAAGAAAGAAAGAAAGAAAGAAAGAAAAAUAACUACGACCUUUAAACGAACAAUUACCAGAAAAUAUUGUGGAGGGUCAUUAUUUAACAAAAAAAAAAAAAAGGAAAAAAAAAAGAUUAAAAAAAAAAAAAAAAAGACAACAGCCUACAAUUGGAGGACUGAAUGAAUGCUGUAAAUGUCUGUUGAUCUAACUGAUUUCACUGGACACAGGCGAAUGCCAUUAUACACACUUUUUUGAG